AAGGAAAACCUCUCUCAUUUUUCUUCCCUGUGAGUAAGGUAUAUCUAUUCCUCAUGUUGAUCUCCAGUAAGCAGUUGCCGAUCGGCCGCUCCCAGAGCUGGGACACGCUGGGUGGGAAUGAGGGUCAUUGGGAGCGCAGUGACAGUGUUUAUGAGCAGCAGGCCCGGAUGGCUGGUCGACGGAACUCACUGAGCUAUGGAGCAGACACAGGAGGGGGAUGGUAUGAGCCACCGCCUGGAGUGCGUCCUCCUGACCUCGAUUUGAAACGGGAGCCAGACUCCUACCAGCAAUCUCUUUACAACCAAGGUUAUUUAGAUCGUCCGGACCCACGUAACAUAAGAAAGAGCUCCGUUCCUGAGUUGAACAGCCAUUACGACCGACCAUCCAUGGCAAACCGUGGUUCCCUGCCACACCAUGACUACUAUCAGCAAGACCCAGGCAUGCCACCUCGGCCAACAGAUGGUUUCUAUCGUGGAGAGCAAACUCAUUCUCUCAAUAGGUCAUCUUCACAUUAUGGAAUAAUGGCAGGUCCUCGGCAACUGUGGGAACAGAGCUCUGGAGGUCGGCCUGGUUCUGCUGCCCCAACACCUGGCAUACCUCCUCCCCCACCUCCAAGUGCUCAUGACAUGGGUCGUAUUUAUAGGGAACAAUCCCUGCCUGGACCCCCACCUGCUACUCCUGGCACAAAAAUGAUGCAGGAUGGGCAGCGCGUUCCAAGCCGAGCGCCAUCUCCUGCUCGUUAUAUAAUGGAGCCAAAUUCUCCACGUUACGGUGCUGAGCCACCUGCCUCUCUCACUAGCCAUUCAGUCUACAGUGACGUUAACGGAAGGCAGAUUGAUCAGCCAACAGCCACCUGCCUGGUGGUUGAUCCAGUUGCUCAAGGAAUGGAUGGAACUGCCCGAGGUAUGGUCAUGCAUCUGGAAAACCCCUCACCAUACACCAUACAGCAGCAACAGCAAGCCCAACAACAGGCUCAACAACAAAUGCAGCAACAAAUGCAACAACAAAUGCAACAACAAAUACAGCAGCAGCAAAUGCAGCAGGUUCAGCCAGUGCAGCAAAUGCAGCAAGUUCAGCCAGUUCAGCAAAUGCAGCAAGUUCAGCCAGUGCAGCAAAUGCAGCAUGUUCAGCCAGUGCAGCAAAUGCAACCAGUGCAGCAAAUGCAACCAGUGCAGCAAGUUCAGCAGGUACCACAGGUUCAGCCAGUGCAGCAAGUUCCACAUGUGCAACCCGUGGCACCUCCAAAUCCUGUCUACACUCCUGCUCCCCCUACAGCCCUUGCCCCAGUAACUACUCCUGCUCCGUUACCACAACUUUCUGCUCAGCCUCUUACUGCUGCUCCUCCUCCCACUGUCCCUCAGACCCCAGUGGCUCCUGUAGACCCUAAAAAAAAUGCAGACCCUGAGUUUCUGGCAUUGCUGCAGAAAGAGGGCCUCUCAGAAAGCACCAUCAAUUCUCUACUGCAGCAGGGCUUUGACUCCACUGCAAUGUUGGCUGUUAUGGAGGAAAAUGAUGUGCGUUCAGUGGCCCCCAACUUGGGCCAAGCCAGGGUUCUGUCUCGUGUUGUGCUAGGUUACAAACGACCACCUGAAAUCCUUCCUGCUACCCCCAUGCAUCCUAGUGCUCCAGUCCGUGGCAGAUCCAACAGCUUUAGCCAUCGCAGUGACAUUUAUGUGCACCAGCCGCCACCCUUGACUCCGGGUUUGGAGUCCCAGUAUAUGCAGCCACACUCUACCCCCAUGCAGACUAUAUCUCCAAGGAUGGGUGAGGGUUAUAGUCGGAGACCCAGCAGUGCUCCCUCCCAGCAGCUUCUAGAGUCCAGUGGGUAUCCUGGAGCCAGGUCUGCAGGAGCAUACAGUGGUUCUGUGGUUCCAGUCCAGACUCGCCCAUUGUCAGGCUACAAUCCACAUGUUGGCUUGCCCAUGCCACCCAUGACUGCAAUGUCCCAACACGUAGCCAUUCCAUCACAUCUGCCAGUAAUGCCAUCACAAAUGGCAAUCCAUGCAAUGCCACAGCCUUUGCCAGCACUGCCUGCAGUUCCCCAACAAAUGACUAUGCCUGCUUUGGCACCCCAGCAAGCUCCAAAGGCAUAUACAACCAACUAUACUGUACCUAUGGAGUUGAUGAAGAGGGAUCGGAGCUUGGCCACGAUGUCGCCCAUGCCCAGUCCCCAUGUAAGCCCUCAAGUAAUGCGCAGGGCUGGAGUAGCCUCAGAUGGUUCCCUAGUACCUGUUGGUAGUGCUGUCCCAGGCCAAAAUGCAAGUCUGGCUAAUCAGAAGCUCAGCCGGCGUACUGGACCUCCGGUCAUUGUCUCCACUAUGGCAUCGCCGGACACAAGUAUAAGGCCGCAAAUCAUGAACGGUCCGAUGCAUCCUCGGCCGCUGGUCGCUCUGUUGGACGGGAGGGACUGUACUGUAGAGAUGCCCAUCCUGAAGGAUUUGGCCACUGUGGCGUUCUGUGAUGCACAGUCAACACAAGAAAUCCAUGAGAAGGUGUUGAAUGAGGCGGUGGGGGCGAUGAUGUACCACACCAUCACUCUGACCAGAGAAGAUCUGGAGAAAUUUAAAGCCCUCCGAAUCAUAAUCCGCAUUGGUAGUGGAUAUGACAAUAUUGACAUUAAAGCAGCUGGAGAGAUGGGUAUUGCAGUGUGUAAUAUUCCAUCAGCUGCCGUGGAAGAGACGGCAGACUCGACGCUUUGCCACAUCCUAAACCUGUACAGGAGGAACACCUGGCUGUACCAGGCCAUGCGAGAGGGCACACGGGUCCAGAGCGUGGAGCAGAUCCGAGAGGUGGCGUCGGGGGCCGCCCGCAUCAGAGGGGAAACACUUGGACUUAUUGGCUUUGGCCGAUCAGGACAGGCAGUGGCUGUUCGAGCAAAAGCGUUUGGCUUCAAUGUGAUCUUCUAUGACCCAUACCUGCAAGACGGUUUAGAGCGAUCGUUGGGCGUCCAGAGAGUUUACACCUUACAGGACCUCCUGUACCAGAGCGACUGCGUGUCUCUCCACUGCAACCUAAACGAACACAAUCACCACCUCAUUAACGAUUUCACCAUCAAACAGAUGCGACAGGGAGCGUUCCUUGUCAACACAGCACGAGGGGGUCUGGUUGAUGAAAAAGCCCUGGCACAGGCUCUAAAAGAGGGCAGGAUACGGGGGGCCGCCCUGGACGUUCACGAGUCUGAACCUUUCAGUUUUACUCAGGGUCCUCUGAAGGAUGCACCCAAUCUGAUCUGCACCCCUCACACAGCGUGGUACAGUGAGCAGGCCUCACUAGAGAUGAGAGAGGCCGCGGCCACUGAGAUCCGCAGGGCCAUCACUGGUCGUAUUCCAGACAGUCUCAGAAACUGUGUCAACAAAGAGUUUUUUGUUACUACGGCGCCGUGGGGGGUGAUGGAGCAGCAGGUACAUCCGGAGAUCAACGGCGGAGCUUACAGGUUCCCCCCUGGUGCAGUGGGUGUCUCUCCUGGUGGCAUGGGUGGUCAAAUAGAGGGCAUGAUGCCUGGCGGGGUGCCCAGUGCCCACCCCCUGCCGCCGGGCACCCAGCCCAGCCUCGCCCCUUCCCCCACCCAGCUCCUCAAACACAACGACCAUAGAGAACACCUCGCCAAGUCAUAACCACGGUGACUACACACGCGCGUGACCACUGACCAAUAGACAGCAGCGUUCAAUCAUUCAGCAAAUCUAAGAGACUAAGAGACAGUGAACGGGUGAAAAAGCAAUCAGCUGCCGCUAGCUGCACCGGAGACAUGCUUCACAGACGUCUCUCCACUGUCUUCAGUUUUUCUGUUCAUUUACGUUUUAACCCAGGAAGUUCGGUGGUUUUGUUUCUGUUGUUUUUGUGAGGGGAGGACAUCAUUUACACCUGUUCUACUGCAGGUGGGCGGUGCUUUCUUGUCAGGAGGUGUGGUGUGACAUAAUGGCCACGCCUCUUUCCUCAUGCACCGGUUUGAAACAUUGACAGAUAUCGUGUCAUGCACUUCUCUUCUUCCUCCUCUCCUUAUUUGGGCAUGUAACAGAACUCAACGCAGUUAUUCAGUUAUACGUUUCAACAUCGUUUCUAUCUUUACAUCCACAGAAUUAGUGCUUGUCUUUGUUUCAGUGUUAAAAGUGCUUGAUAAUGAAAAAAAUAUAUAUACAGUGUAUCUAUUAAGAGAACAGAGAGGUAAAAGGCUGUUCUUGAGCAAAAAUAAAGAUGAUAAUGUAAUUAUUAGCUUUUUUUCCACAACAUUUUGAGUAGCUGACCUCUUGUUUACAGAAUUGCACAAAUUUAACAAGCACCAGCUCAGAAAUCACCCCUCUUUAAGACCCAAAAGCACACUGUUUUACUGAUAUAUAUAUAUAUAUAUAUAUAUAUAUAUAUAUAUAUAUAUAUAUAUAAAUUAAUUUAGAUUAAAAAUGUUUUUUUUUCAGGACUUAAUUCUGCAUCAGGUUUUUAAAUGUCAGUUUCUAAAAACAGCAAUCUGGAUUUGAGUGAAGGUCACCAUGAGGAACAUAAUUUUGAUUUUGUGUUUGCUAUGAGUUCUGUAAAACUCAAAAAAUAGAUGGCAGCUCACACAGAAAAGGGACUGGAGUGAAAAACCGCCCCUGUCUCAGGAAGAACAUUUUCCGGCUACUCCAAAACACACGACAGCCCUGUCUAAAUACUCGCUCCUUCCCAUCAGCCUAUCCGCCUACCCGAGGUAUUUUUAUAGAUCUGACAUCCAGUGCGUUUUUGGUGUUGAAUGUAUGGCAGUUAAAUUAGAUUUGUAUUGUCUAGUUUAAUGUUUUUGUAACCAUACUUUCCUGUGAUCCUCUUCCUGUUCUUUUUUUUGUUCGUUUUUUUGUUUUGUUUUUUGGGUUCUUUAUGUGGAAGCGCACUGUUCUGAGCUCAUUAUGUUGUUUGUAUGCAAUAUUCUGAGGUCCUCGGCCAACUCCAGUCAUGUUGGUUCCAGAACUGUAGGUUUGGUUUUUAGUGUGAGUAUUUGUAUUUGUUUAUUGUACCGAGGUGAACAUUUAGCAUACAGUACAGUUCAAAUAAAAAAUACCGUUCUGACUUUCUAUACUGUGCUUGUGUGUUUGUCUCACUUUACACACACAUUUAUGAAGGUCAGACAGGAUUUGCAACACCUGCUGUGCAGUGACCUUCGGAUGCCCCUGCAUGUUUCUGUAAGACCAGAAGGGGUCGCUGUGGCUCUGGGUUAAUAUGGUGGUUGAUACAGUGAUAAUAUGUAUGUAUUAUAUUUAUAUGCUUAUUUUUGUUAAAGAAAUAAUAACAGGGAAACUAUACUUUUGCAAAAAUAACAAAUCACAACAAACUUCACAAAUCACACUAGGAUUUUGGGGGGGUCUUAUAAUAGCUAUAAUAUAAUAUAAUAGUUUAUUUGUUAAAAAAUAAAGUUUCCUUGUUAUUAUUUCUUUACCAAAAAAUGAGAUGCCCCCCCCCCCCACAAAAAAAUAAAAUAUCA